AGAAACGAUCUUCAAAUAUCUCUCAGAUUUUGUGGUUAACGAGAAAAAAACUCUCCAUCAAAUUCCGCCACCACUUUCUCUCAAUCUUUCACUCUCCUGAAAUUUUCUAACAUCUCCUACUUUCUCUCUGUCUCAUGUCCAAAACCUCCUUCUCAGAUUCAUUCUUCUUUGUGAGAAUCAUCUAGAUUGGUUUGAUUAUCGGAGUAUUGUUACUGCAGAAAUGAAAAAACAAGGAUUGACAAUUUUUACUAUCAACGAUUAUCAUUGCUAUCUUCUGCUUCUGGUAAGAAUUAUCAAUCCGUUUUUUUCAUUUUCAAAGGAAGAUGAUGUUUAAUCCUUUGAUUCUUGUUAGUGUUAUUCGAUCCAAAAUCUGGUUUCACAGAAGAAAACUAUCACAAUUACUUACAGUAGAGUGAAGGAAACAGCGAAUUUUAGAGUAAUUUGUCGAAAUUUCUGAGAAUUUUUGUCUCUGUUUUUGUCAAAUCCAAGAUCUGUGUCAAAUAGAGUUAUUAUCGAUCUCUGUUAUAUAGUUUUUUUUUUUGAAGGGAUUCUUUCAGGGUUUUAUUCAAAAAAAAUUUUUGGAUUCUGUACAGUUUUUUUUAGAGUGAUUUUGAGAUCUGGGUUUGGUUUUGAUUUUUGUAUAGUUUUUUCAAGGGUUUAGUGGGUAAUUUGGUAAGUUUUUUCUUCAAUUUUGGUUCUGGGGGAUUUCUGGAUUGUGGUUCAAAGUGGCGAAGAUGAGUUUAAGCACCGCUGCCGAUGAAGAUUCGGCACAAGAGAUACAUUUACCAGCAGAUAUAGAUUGGAAAAUGCUUGACAAAUCGAAAUUCUUCUUUCUCGGUGCGGCGUUGUUUUCAGGUGUAUCAGCAACAUUAUACCCUGUUGUAGUACUCAAGACCAGGCAACAAGUAUGUCCAGCGCAAUCUUCUUGUGCCAAAAUUGGGAUGUCGAUGUUACGGCGUGAAGGUUUUCGUGGGCUAUAUCGGGGAUUUGGGACGUCGUUGACAGGGACGAUUCCGGCUAGAGCGCUAUACAUGACUGCAUUAGAGGUUACAAAGAGUAAUGUUGGUAUUGCAACCGUGAGAUUGGGUUUUCCUGAGCCAACUGCUGCUGCAAUUGCUAAUGCAGUUGCUGGUUUGAGUGCUGCUAUGGCUGCGCAAAUUGUUUGGACUCCAAUUGAUGUUGUAAGUCAGAGACUUAUGGUUCAAGGUGGUUGUAUGAAUCAAAUGGAGAAGAAUGGGAAGAACCUGAAUGUGAAUGCGUCGGCGUCAUCGAAUUGUAAAUACCGUGGUGGAAUCGAUGCGUUCAGGAAAAUUCUCAAUGCAGAUGGUAUUAGAGGAUUAUACAGAGGGUUUGGUAUGUCAAUAUUAACUUAUGCACCAUCAAAUGCUGUGUGGUGGGCAUCAUACUCCGUCACCCAGAGACUUGUUUGGGGUGGAGUUGGUUGUUAUUUCUGUAAAAAGGAAGAGAAUAUCAAUGAGAAUGGUAGUAGUGUGAGUAGUUUCCGGCCUGAUUCGAAAACUGUAAUGGCAGUUCAAGGAUUAAGUGCAGCAAUGGCUGGUGGUGUUUCAGCUUUAAUUACAAUGCCGCUUGAUACAAUCAAGACUAGAUUACAGGUCCUCGACGGAGAAGGGAACGAUAAACGGCCUCUGACAAUCGGACAGACUGUCAAGAAUUUAGUAAGAGAAGGUGGUUGGUCUGCUUGUUACAGAGGAUUAGGUCCUAGAUGGGCUUCAAUGUCUAUGUCUGCUACUACUAUGAUCACAACUUAUGAAUUUCUUAAACGUAUGUCUGCGAAAAAUCAAGAAAGCUUAACAUGAUAUGAUGAUCAAGAUAAAGUUUAGUUCUCUAAUCUCUGCUAGCUUAUAUAACUUGAUCAAAACAGAGUUUUGUUCUCUAUAUCUGUUUGGGGUUUGGGGUUUUUUCUCUGUUUUGUUGUUCUUUUGUUUUAAUCUCAUUGUAUUAUCUUUUUUUCUUCUUCUAGUAUUAUGUAUAAAAAAUGUUAUUAAGAGGAAGUUAAGAAAAGGGGUCUUGUUAUCAAA